AUGGAAUUGGAGCAUCCAUCAUCAUUAUCAUCAUCAUCAUCAAUCCUAGUCGUCUAUAUUCCGCUCCUAUUCGCCCUUUACAUCUUCACCACCCAAUUUAUCCGCAAACUCAGAAAUCUCCCUCCAUCCCCAAUUCUCGACCUACCCCUCAUCGGCCACCUCUACCUCCUCAAAAAGCCCCUUUACCGAUCCUUAGCUCUAAUCUCCCGCCGCUAUGGCCCCGUCACCAUCCUCAGCUUCGGCUCCCGCCCCGUUCUCGUCGUUUCCUCCGCCUCCGCCGCCGAGGACUGCCUCUCCAGGAACGACGUCAUCUUCGCCAACCGCCCCCGCCUGCUCGCCGGCAAGCACCUCGGCUACGACUACACCUCUCUCGUCUGGUCCUCCUACGGCGACCACUGGCGGAACCUCCGCAGGAUUUCCUCCAUCGAGAUCCUCUCCGGCCACAAGCUCCAGUCGCUUCACGCCAUCCGGGCCGACGAGCUCAGAUCCACGAUCCGGGCCCUCAGCGCUCGGGCCCCUGGAUCCGCGGUCGACAUGAAGACCGCCUUCUUCGAGCUGACGAUGAACGUGGUGAUGAGGAUGAUCGCCGGAAAGAGAUACUACGGAGAAAACGUGGAGGAGGCCGAGGAGGCGCGGCAGUUCAGGGAGAUCGCCAAGGAGUCGCUGAGGGUGUCGACGUCGAGCACGGGGGAUUUCUUGCCGGUGGUGCGGUGGCUGGGGUUGGGCGGCGGCGAGAAGGAGCUGAUUGAGUUGCAGGCAAAGAGGGACGGUUUUAUGCAGGGAUUGGUGGAAGAAGGGAGGAGAAGGUCCGCCGGCGAUGGGAAGCCAAAAACUAUGAUUCAGAUGCUGUUGGCGUUGCAGGAAUCGGAGCCCCACUAUUACACAGAUGCUAUGAUUAGAAGCUUAAUGCUGAAUCUGUUAAUAGCCGGUACAGACACAUCAGCCGGGACACUGGAGUGGGCACUGUCCCUCCUCCUCAACCACCCGCACGCCCUCAAGAAGGCCCAAGCUGAAAUCGACGCCCAAAUUGGGAAUGAGCGGUUAAUUGAUGAGGCAGACAUGAGUAACCUCCCUUACCUACGCUGCAUUGUCAACGAAACACUACGCAUGUACCCUGCAGGCCCACUUUUGAUCCCUCACCAGUCCUCGCAGCCAUGCGCGGUUGGGGGCUACCAUGUCCCUGCAGGCACCAUGCUUCUUGUCAAUGUGUGGGCCAUACAUAACGACCCCAACAACUGGGACAAGCCCAGAGAGUUCAGGCCUGAGAGGUUCGAGGGAGUGGACGGCUACCGAGAUGGGUUCAGGUUCAUGCCGUUUGGCUCCGGGAGGAGGGGCUGCCCAGGGGAGAACCUGGCCGUGCGUGUCGUCGGCUCUGCUCUAGGGGCUCUCAUUCAGUGCUUCGAUUGGGAAAGGGUAGGGAAGGAGCUGGUGGAUAUGGAUGAAGGUAUUGGGUUGUCAAUGCCCAAGGCCAAGCCCUUGAUGGCUUCUUGCAAACCUCGCCCUAUGGUAGCCCACCUUCUGUCUCAGAUAACAUGA